AUGACUGACAUCAGGGCCAAUGAAGUCUCUUCUCCCACACUGCUACGUGGGACACCCAUUACCACACUGCCACGUGGGACACCCAUUACCACACUGCUACGUGGGACACCCAUUACCACACUGCUACGUGGGACACCCAUUACCACACUGCUACGUGGGACACCCAUUACCACACUGCUACGUGGGACACCCAUUACCACACUGCUACGUUGGACACCCAUUACCACACUGCUACGUGGGACACCCAUUAACACACUGCUACGUGGGACACCCAUUACCACACUGCUACGUGGGACACCCAUUACCACACUGCCACGUGGGACACCCAUUACCACACUGCUACGUGGGACACCCAUUACCACACUGCUACGUGGGACACCCAUUACCACACUGCCACGUGGGACACCCAUUACCACACUGCUACGUGGGACACCCAUUACCACACUGCUACGUGGGACACCCAUGCCCACUAUUCCCACACCUACUCAGUGCCCGACUCCAGCACGGAAUCCCAAUGGAGCGAAUCAACCUAAUGGGAGAGACUUCAUAGCGGAGAGAGAGUUUAACCCAGCCAAAUGCAAAGUUACGAGGAAUGGAACUGGAGUGCGAAGACCAGUGCAGCAGUAUAGGAAGAAGGGGAAAAUAAAUUCUUCAAUCAGAAAAGAAGAAAGAUCCCCAAAUCUGAGGCCAGAAGCCCACAUUAGCAGAAUAACAACAGCUGCAUAUCUCAUACCGGCCAACAUCCGUACAUUCUUCAGAAACUUGGGCAAAGGAGCUUUCCAGGCCCAAUAUACAACGAAG